CUGUUACUAGUUAGCUGGAAUUGUUUUAUAUUCUGUUUGGAAUUAUAUUCUUAUUGGAAAAUGAGCCUUGUUUUCCAUAGCAAGUGUAUGGUGUUCUUUCAAGUGUAUGGGUAAGCAACGAUGGUGAAGUUGCUUGUGUUUGGAAUAUUUAUGCAAAAACCUGUACAAGUAGCAGUCUCUUUUUAUUGGCACUACACCCAUAGUUAAGUGGGGCAGAGCGAUGGCAGUGGUUUUUCUACAGUUUUCUACAGUUCAGGAACUGGGUCUAACCUGAUCAUGUGUUUCAUCCUUGUGAAAGGCAUGUUUGUAACAUUAGAGAUUUUUGCUAUGUUGGUAACGUGUGAAGUGCAUGUCUUAACACUGUACUGUCAUAGCUAAAUGUAUUCUGUAUAUUUCUUAUAUUGAAGUUUAGUCAGUUUAUAGCAGUUUUAUAUUGGAAAAACUCUUAAAACCUCAUUUUUUAAUUUCUCCCCUUGCUCUUUAAACAACAGGGCACUUUCUUGCUAUGUCUUGGCUUGCCUACCUUCCUGGAUUGCUUUUCUCAAUUAAGCUUUUUUUAUCAUGUUUGAAGACAUGAGGAUACCUCUGAAUUAAAAGUGAUAUGACUAUGAAGGAUAAUUUCUACAGUAUUAACCUCCAAAUCACAGGAUUAGAACAAAGAUGGACAGUUAAGAAAAGUAUUGAGCAUCUCCAAGUAAAUAGAAAACUGUGUGACACAAAAUAUGAGUUUUCUUAGAAACGUUUUUCUUUAUAAGUGUCUCUUUGCAUUAACUUUUUGGAACCACGUCAGCCUGUCUGUGGAAGAUGAACUCUUCACAUCUGUUUCUAACAAUUUUCCAGAAGAUGAUUCUAACCAAAAAAUCAAGAGCCUGCCACUCCUGUAUACAAACAGUAAUCAGUCCAAAGCUGAUUUUGAUUGGGUUGUGAUACAAAAUACUACAGAAAGUCUGUCAUUGUCAGAAAUCACAGAUGACAACGUGGAAAAACUGAUAGCUUUAUUAUCUAAUUUCAGACAAGGAUCCAGAUUACAAAAUCUGACACUGACAAAUAUGUCAGUGGAUUGGAAUGCUCUUAUGGAAAUUUUUCAGACUGUAUGGCACUCAUCCAUUGAAUACUUCAAUACUAACAAUGUAACACAACUGUCAGAUGUUGAAAGUUAUAACUUUGACUAUUCAGGUACUUCUAUGAAAGCAUUGACGAUGAAGAAAAUUAUAAUCACGGACAUGUACUUCACACAGGAUGACCUAUACAAAAUAUUUGCAGACAUGAAUAUUGCAGACAUGACAAUAGCUGAUUCAGAGAUGAUUCAUAUGCUUUGUCCUUCAUCUAAGAGUCCCUUUAGAUACCUAAAUUUUUUAAAGAAUGAUUUAACAGAUUUUCUUUUUCAAAAAUGUGACAACCUACUUCAGCUGGAGACAUUAAUCUUGCAGAAGAAUAAAUUUGAGAGCCUUCGCAAAGUAAGCUUCAUGACCAGCCGUAUGAAAUCACUGAAAUACCUGGACAUGAGCUACAACCUGCUGCGCCACGAUGGAGCGGACGUGCAAUGCCAGUGGGCUGAGUCUCUGACAGAGCUGGACCUGUCCUCCAAUCAGUUGGCGGAUGUUGUGUUUGAGUGCUUGCCAAUCAACGUCAAAAAACUCAGCCUACAAAACAAUCAGAUCAGCAAUGUCCCCAGGGGGGUGGCGGAGCUGAAGUCCUUGGAAGAGCUGAACCUGGCAUCGAACAGGCUGGCCGACCUGCCGGGCUGCAGUGGCUUUACGUCCCUGCAGUUCCUGAACAUAGAGAUGAAUUCAAUCCUCACCCCAUCUGCUGACUUCUUCCAGAGCUGCCCAAGGGUGAGGGAGCUGCAGGCCGGGCACAACCCGUUCAAGUGUUCCUGUGAACUGCAAGCCUUUAUCCGCCUGGAGAGGCGGUCGGGGGGGAAGCUGUUUGGCUGGCCGGCGGCGUACGUGUGCGAGUACCCAGAAGGCUUGCGAGGAACGGAGCUCAAGGACUUCCACCUGAGCCUGCUGGCCUGCAACACGACGCUCCUGCUUGUGACAGCUCUGCUGCUGACGCUGCUGCUGGUGGCUGCGGUGGCCUUUCUGUGCAUCUACCUGGAUGUGCCGUGGUAUGUGCGGAUGAUGUGGCAGUGGACGCAGACGAAGCGCAGAGCUUGGCACAACCCUCCCGGAGAUCAGGGGGCCGUUCUGCAAUUCCACGCGUUCAUUUCCUACAGCGAGCGCGAUUCGCUGUGGGUGAAGAACGAGCUGAUCCCGAACCUGGAGAAGGGGGAGGGCUGCGUCCAACUGUGCCAGCACGAGAGAAACUUUAUCCCCGGCAAGAGCAUUGUGGAGAACAUCAUUAACUGCAUUGAGAAGAGCUACAAGUCCAUCUUUGUGUUGUCUCCCAACUUUGUGCAGAGUGAGUGGUGUCACUAUGAGCUGUACUUUGCCCAUCACAAGUUAUUCAGUGAGAAUUCCAACAGCUUAAUCCUCAUUUUACUGGAGCCAAUCCCUCCGUACCUUAUCCCUGCCAGGUAUCACAAGCUGAAAGCUCUCAUGGCAAAGCGCACCUACGUGGAGUGGCCGAAGGAGAGGAGCAAGCGUGCCCUAUUCUGGGCUAACCUCAGGGCAGCCAUUAACAUUAACCUGCCAAAAGCUGAUGAAAACUUGUCUGAGGAAACAGAUUAAGAAAUCUUUCUAUUGGAGUUUCAUCUGUUUUUUCUUAGUGAAAUAAUAAAUUUGAUUUCCAUUCAUUGUAAAUGUAUUUAACAUUUUGUUACACAAUCUUGUUUCUAACUUGUUAUCUGUGUUGCCUCUUAACUGUAGUCAAAAUUCAAUUCACCUUGUUGCAAAUCUCUUGAGAUAGAAAAUUGCAAAUGAAUUUGAAUGUGGAUUUUGAAAUAUUACUUGAAAUAUUGUAGUGAGUUUUUCUCAGCAGAAUAAGAUCUGGAACAGUUAGUAUCGUCCUGUGGAAGAAUGGUUCAGCUGCUGGAUAGUUUGCAGAGCUGCUUUAAUCACAAAAUUUAGACAGCUUUGUCAAAGGAGAUCUUUUGCUAAAAUUGGUUCAUGUGAAAGAAAAUUAAGGAUCCUGAGAAGGUACCUGAAGUCCAGAGCUCAAAAUGGUUGCCAAAUAGUCUUUGCUCAGAUUUGGUGGAUAAAAGGAUAGGACCCAGAUACAGAAAUUUGUGAACUUUGGACAUGCCAAAAACAAGGACUGAGCAAGGAAGAAAAGGUGAGGCACUUCACUUUUUAGCUUGGCAUUACAACAAUGGAGAAGCAGUGAAUUGACAGAGCUCUCAUACCCAUAGAGUCCUGGUACCAUUUUGACCCUGAGAGAUACCUUGACCAGAGUAGGUGGGAGGGCAUCUGCAGUAACAGAACUGCCUUCAUCAUAUUGUCUAUGUUUUGAGAAACUCCUGACAUCUCUAAAUCAUGCUUUUGUCCCCCUAGCUUUCUACUUUUUGUCUUCUUAUCCAUAUAUCUUACUUUAUGCUUAUUAUUAAAAGAAUCUGUCCUUUUCUGUUGAAACAGUAUCUCUUCUAGCAUGGCUAUGACUUGUGGUCAGAAAGUCAAUAGAGCUUGAAAAAUUUCCCAGGUCUUGAGACAGCAGGUAAUUUAAUAGUUUAUUCACUGAGUUAGAAAAACAAACUACAUUUACAAUAUGUGCUUUCCUUUACAUAAAUAUAGCAGGCCCCUCUGUCUGUACUUAUACUGUUUUAACUUCAAGAAAGCAUGGCUGGGCUCAGGCAAACAUUUACAACUGCUGAAGAUGAUGACUCUUCUUUGCCCCAACUUCCUCUUUGCCCCAACAAGGACAGAUUGUUUGAAAUACCAGAGCUAGAUGACCAUCAAGCAGGAAGUUUCCCUUCAAAAAUGUUUUUCAACAUGUAUUUGAGAGAAAAAGGGAUGUUAUUAUGAAAUCCUCACAUAGUAUAGAAUGUUUACAUUUUAUCUUAUUUCUGUCUUCCAUUACUAGCAAAAGGUUUUAAUUUUGAUGCUUGCCUGAGGUCUAAGUAGGCUGAGAUUUCUUGAUCUGAAGCCUUGUCCUGUGAGUGACUGUUUAUGACCUGUAGAAGAAAGGUCAAAUUUAACACCUUUAGCUCUCUCAUCCCACUUAGUCUCAAAAUUAAUAUAACACACCUGUUACCAAAUUGCAGACAUUUCAUUCAGGACUAUGGAAAUGUUUUCUCUGCUUCCUCCUUCCCCUCCCACUACUGCUUCAGUGUAUGACUCAUUUAACCCUUUGAAAACUGAAGAUGCUUGUUUUGUCUAUCCCUUUCUCACAACCAGGGACAGCUGGAUUAUGUGGUGCCUUGCUUGAAAAUUUUCUUCAAAAGCCUCAGAGUUUUAGGCCAGUAACUGUUGAACCUCUGCGAUACAAUUAACAUCCCCUUGUUUUGUGUAACCUUAAGAACUCAUCUGGCUUUCUCUGGCUGGAAGACAGAGAAACCCUUUGAAAGUCAGAGAGUUUCCAAGAAACCUUCCUGCUACUCAUGUGGGAGACAUUACCAUUACCAGAAAUAAAGGAGUAGAAGGCUUUAACAAGGCACGCAAGGUUUGUUUGCCACUUUGGAAAGAACUUGGAACUAUGUGACCUCAGGGAAUAUAGCUGAUGUUGUGAUAAGCAGAAGUAUAUAAUUACAGUUCUGUGGUAUUGCAGGUUUCUGGAUUCCAGAAUCCUCGAGUGAAUAAGUUGGAAAGAGUGGCUUUUAAUGAGCAUGGACAUCAAUUAAAACUUGUACUUUCGAACCAGAAGCCCACAUACUAUUAUCUUUUUUUUUCCAUAUGUGCCAAAUAAUUGAUUAAACAGCUAAGUGUGUAAUGAAUCUAUAGAGCUAAUUUUUCUGAUUCCACAAGAGAGAAUGAGUUUCUCGAGUGUUAUUAGAAUAUUUCAAACAAUUAUCUCACUCUCUGUCAUACUCUCAACCCUUUCUAUAAAACCAGCUUUAAUUCAUGAAGAAUUUUUUAUGUGUUCAUGGGGCUAUGUGUAGUCUUUCAGUACAGUUUAUCUGCACAGUUUGGAAAGGGACUAACCUCUUCUGUGCAGCCUGGUGAUGUGUGCCUGCAUUUGGUUCUGCACUGAAAUGUCUUAACUGC